ACAAGCCAAGAUAGAAAGAUGUUCAACCGCUUCAAGUCAGUAUUAAUGAACGCCGUGGGCGCGAGCGAGCUCGGCCUGCAGUACCCGAACGACUCCGACAAUGAUACGACGGCGGACUACAUCAACUCCAACUAUGUGGUAGAGGUGGAGAACAAGCCCUACAGCCGGCCAAGUUUCCUCGGCUUGACGGCUGAAGAGACGCAGGUGAGCGCGGAUCACAAGGUGAGGCCUAUAAUAGUACCGAGGGAUCUCAGCCGUUUGCCGUGGUGCGCCGGCUACGCGGAGUGCAUAAACGCCGGCAAAAGUAUGUGGAACGAGGACCAAGCCUCGGCGACACGCGGGGACUUGAAAUUGUCGGAUAUCAAUGUCACACUGCCUUACGUCAUGUUUUCGAUGUUUGACGGGCACGCAGGGUAUCAGGUCGCCCUCACGGCGCGAUUGCAUCUACAUAGGAUAAUCCUUGAGAGGUUGCUGGCUAUACCGGGCAAUAUGCUGUUGAACGAGGAUGAGAAUGAACUGAUAAAGGGGAGAGAUCUAGUUACGGGUGCUAUAGAAUUAGCGUACAGGCAAAUGGAUCAAAUGGUGGAGAUGCAGGCUCAAAACGGUGGCGGUGGUUGUACGGCUAUUACAAUCUUAUUUCUUAAUGGGAGGCUUUACGCAGCCGGAGCUGGUGACUCGAGGGCCGUAUUAGUCUUGGGGGAGGAGCAACGUGCUCUUACCAGAGACCACACUCCGGAUUCUGAAUCGAAUCGUGUUAGAGCUUUAGGCUUUUUGAGAAGCAACGAGUUGCUCAAGGGUCACUUCACCCCGUUGGAGUUUAGGAAAAGGCCGCUGCAGAAGGAACUGGGAUCCAUGGUUUUGUACAGAGAACCCUUCAUGACUGGCUGGGCGUAUAAAACCUUGACGCUCUCUGACUUGAAACUGCCGCUCAUUUCGGGACACGGGAAAAGGAGCAGAGUGAUGGGAACGAUAGGCGUGACUAGAGGCUUCGGGGAUCAUGGCUUGAAGGCGGCAAAUACCGGUGUUAGCAUCAAACCGUUUCUAUCAUCGCAACCCGAGGUACAAUCGUUGGACUUGGACAGUUGCAAUCUUACCGAACGAGAUUGCGUUAUCGUCGCCACGGACGGACUUUGGGAUGUAGUAACGGACAGAACAGCGGCAGCUAUACUUAGAAAGACUCUUGCACCCGAUACCCCGUCAUUAGAAUAUAGACUGACAAUGGGUGCUCAAGAAUUGGUGCAGGCGGCAAGAGGUCGAUUAAUCGGCAGAGUAUGGAUGGGAAAACCAGAGAAUCCUAACGAAGCAGACGAGAAGUCCUCGCCUAUAGCAUCGGUGGACGAUAUCAGCGUAUUAGUGGUACCUUUAUAUCCUUAUUUAUGCGAGCAUAAGCAGUGGCUGAAGACGACACAGCAAGAACGAAAGUACGCUGCGGAUUCCCUAGCAACAAUGUGCUUCGACUAUCCUAUUUCUAACAGGUCCACUGAUAAUCCUGCAUAAUGAAUCGCUACGAUUAUCCGAUCAAGUGCUCUACGCGAAAUAGGAACGACGUUACUCGACGCGCAGCUAUUACGAAUUACGUUUAUCUGCAUUACUACAGUGACUCGUCGCGUAUUCGCGAUCGAGACUUUUAUUUUCUCUUAGAAUAAUUAGCGACAUUUAAGUGCACGGUUGCCGUAUAUUCCCUUCGCAGAAUAUUUAAUUACUGCAUACUGCCACAUGUUAGCUACAAAGAAGGCUAUGUUCUUAUUAUUUAAGUGAAACAUUCCACUGUGACAUUAUUUUACGUGUAACAUGAAAUAUCUCAGAUAUUCCGAAUAUUUGAUGCGCAUGUGAUCGCAUAUAAAUAUCUCGUAGGUAAGCACUAAUUUUUGAAUUGUUACGACUAUGUAACUAGUAUAUGUAGGCUGUACACCAUGUAAGAUUAAAAGAUAUCAAUAUUUUUAUAUUGCUUUUGAGGCAAGCAUAUGUUACCAUUUAAUAUUUGAGCGUACUGUAAUGUUUCAUCUUUAUAGCUUUAUGUUAAAAAGAUUAACUCUGACUACGAACAUACGUACCUGCAUAAUUAAGAUUGAGAGUGCUGCAUUUAAACAAAAUCAAUAAGAUUUGUAAGUAAUCAAGACUCUUUAACCAAUUUAUUGCUAUCUACAUCGAUAAUCCUUUCGUUUCAGAAAUGUUUGGGAAAAAACCGUUUUGUAUGUCGUAGUCAGAAAGUGAAAUAGCAGUCAUAGUCAACGGAUGAAACUGUGAGUACGAUAUGAAUGAUCUGUGUGUGUGUGUGUGUGUGUGUACAAAAUUGUACAUAAAUAGAAAAAGCAUGGCUAUCUUUUUCGCAGUAAUCGCGAUAAUAAUUAGAUUUUGUGACUUCAUGUAUCACACAACUGUAGCUAUGUAUUAUUACAUCCAAUAAAUAUUAUACGAAGA